CUGCUCCGUCCCCUCCCACUCGCACGGCCCCUUCCUCCCUCCUCUCUCGGCCGCUCGCAUUUCCUGCCGCUCUGGCUCUCCCGGCCCCUGAAAGUUCGUCCCAACUUUUUCUCCCCCGGGCGGGCGCGGCGGGCGCAGUCCGGGGGCAGGUUGCUGCGCUCCUCCUCGCUCCGCCGCUUGCCCUCCCGGCGCUGGUCCUCGGGGAGCGGCCGCCACUCAGUGGCCCCUGGCGGUCCUUCCCCUCCCACCUCGCCCAUCCUCCCGGUCCCAGCCUCCCUCUGGCGGGACAGACGCGAGCCAGGGUGGUUCUCCUUUUCCCCUUCUCCGAGCGCCCCCGCGCCAACUCUCGCGCCGGGUUCGCGGCGGAAACCUCCCUCCUCUUUCGCCUCCUUCGGCUCCUUCCCUCCGCCCUUCCACCGCCAGCCACUGGAAUCAAUUCUUUGGGGGAAUUGGGGCUUCGCCGCUGCCGCCGCCGCGGAGGACAGCCUUUCCGCGCGGGACUCCGGGGCACCGAUAGGGCCAUGUAAGCAGUUGCCGUCACCCCCAGCUACAACUUAAGGAGAUUGUGGGGUUUCGUCUUCAGUCUGUCCAGGGACUGGCUGUUGCAGGCUCUUUGUGAAGCGACCCUCCAGAGCGCCACGCCGGGCAUGGACGCCUUUUUCCGCACUUGGAGGAGCACGGGUGCUAGUGUCAUCGCCCAGUCACAAAGCUGCUAAGGCCGUCUCAGGGGCGUGGGCGUCAGGACAGGAGGGCAGCAUCCGAGGGCCGCAGAGCCAUGCCUUUCGGCCUGAAGCUCCGCCGGACCCGGCGCUACAACGUCCUGAGCAAGAACUGCUUUGUCACCCGCAUCCGCCUGUUGGACAGCAACGUUAUCGAGUGCACGCUGUCUGUGGAGAGCACGGGGCAGGAGUGCCUGGAGGCGGUGGCCCAGAGGCUGGAGCUGCGGGAGACGCACUACUUUGGCCUUUGGUUUCUCAGCAAGAGCCAGCAAGCACGAUGGGUGGAGCUGGAGAAACCUCUGAAGAAACAUCUGGACAAAUUUGCUAAUGAGCCUCUGCUUUUCUUUGGAGUCAUGUUUUAUGUGCCAAAUGUGUCGUGGCUUCAGCAAGAGGCCACAAGAUAUCAGUAUUACCUGCAAGUCAAAAAAGACGUGCUUGAAGGGCGGUUGCGAUGUACGCUGGAACAGGUGAUCCGACUGGCGGGCUUAGCUGUGCAAGCUGAUUUUGGAGACUAUAAUCAGUUUGACUCUCAGGAUUUCCUCAGAGAAUAUGUGCUGUUUCCAAUGGAUUUGGCCCUGGAAGAAGCUGUUCUGGAGGAGCUGACACAGAAGGUGGCCCAAGAACACAAAGCCCACAGUGGAAUCCUGCCAGCAGAAGCUGAGCUUAUGUACAUCAAUGAGGUGGAACGUUUGGAUGGCUUUGGACAGGAAAUCUUCCCUGUGAAGGACAAUCAUGGAAACAGUGUGCACCUGGGCAUUUUCUUUAUGGGGAUUUUCGUGAGAAACAGAAUUGGAAGACAAGCAGUAAUAUACAGGUGGAAUGACAUGGGGAAUAUCACUCACAACAAGUCAACUAUCCUGGUGGAGCUCAUCAGCAAAGAGGAGACUGCCCUCUUUCACACGGAUGAUAUCGAAAACGCCAAGUAUAUAUCUCGAUUGUUUGCUACACGGCACAAGUUUUACAAACAAAACAAAAUCUGCACUGAACAAUCAAAUUCUCCACCCCCUAUCAGACGCCAGCCCACCUGGAGCCGGUCCUCCCUGCCCCGGCAACAACCGUACAUCUUGCCUCCCAUGCAUGUCCAGUGUGGCGAACACUACUCGGAAACACACACUUCUCAAGACAGCAUCUUCCAUGGGAAUGAAGAAGCCUUGUAUUGCAACUCGCACAACAGCCUGGACUUAAGUUAUAUAAAUGGCACCGUCACCAAUGGCAGUGUGUGUAGCAUUCACAGCGUCAACUCCCUCAGUUGCUCCCAAAGCUUCAUCCAGGCUUCUCCCGUGUCCUCCAACCUCAGCAUCCCUGGGAGUGACAUCAUGCGGGCUGACUACAUCCCGAGCCACCGGCACAGCGCCAUCAUCGUGCCAUCCUACCGGCCGACCCCCGAUUAUGAGACAGUCAUGCGGCAGAUGAAGAGGGGGGUCGUGCACACGGACAGCCAGAGCCAGUCCCUGCGAAACCUCAACAUCAUCAACACCCACGCCUACAACCAGCCAGAGGAUCUGGUGUACAGCCAGCCCGAGAUGCGGGAGAGGCACCCCUACACUGUCCCUUAUGGGCCCCAGGGGGGCUACGGUAACAAACUGGUCAGUCCAUCGGACCAGAUCAACCCGAAGAAUACCACGGUGCCAAGCAAGCCUGGGGCAAGCGCCAUCUCACAUACGGUGAGCACCCCGGAGUUGGCCAACAUGCAGCUCCAGGGCACCUAUAACUACAACACGGCCCACAUGCUCAAAAACUAUCUCUUCCGGCCACCACCCCCCUACCCACGGCCCCGCCCCGCCACCAGCACCCCGGACCUCGCCAGCCACCGCCACAAGUACGUCAGCGGCAGUAGCCCCGACUUGGUGACUCGCAAAGUGCAGCUGUCCGUGAAGACCUUCCAGGAGGACAGCUCCCCGGUGGUGCAUCAGUCUCUCCAGGAGGUGAGCGAGCCCCUCACGGCCACCAAGCACCACGGCACGGUGCACAAGCGCCACAGCCUGGAGGUGAUGAGCAGCAUGGUGCGGGGCAUGGAAGCCAUGACCUUGAAGUCGCUAAACAUCCCCAUGGCCCGCCGCAACACUCUGCGAGAGCCGGGGCCACCCGAGGAGGUGCCGGGGAGCCACGAGGUCCCCCAGCUUCCCGAGUAUCACCACAGGAAGACUUUCUCGGAUGCCACGAUGCUGAUCCACAGCAGCGAGAGCGAGGAGGAAGAAGAGGAGGCUCCGGAACCGGUGCCCCAGAUCCCCGUGCUCCGCGAGAAGAUGGAGUACAGCGCCCAGCUACAGGCCGCCUUAGCCCGCAUUCCAAACAAGCCCCCACCCGAGUACCCCGGACCCAGGAAAAGUGUGAGCAACGGGGCGCUGGGGCAAGACCAGGUGUGCCUUGCUCCCGCCAUCGCCAGGGCCAGGGUCCUGAGGCAGGGGCCAGCCAAGGCCAUCAGUAUCUCCCGGGCUGACCAGAUGGCCAUCAACGGGUCCUCUCUUGGUCCAUCCAUCUCAGAGCCCGACCUGACAAGUGUGAAGGAGCGGGUCAAGAAGGAGCCUGUGAAGGAGAGACCUGUGUCUGAAAUGUUCUCCCUGGAGGACAGCAUUAUAGAAAGAGAGAUGAUGAUCCGGAAUCUAGAGAAGCAGAAGAUGGCAGGCCUGGAGGCACAGAAGAGGCCACUGAUGUUGGCAGCCUUGAACGGACUCUCGGUUGCUCGGGGCUCGGGGCGGGAAGAAAGUCGCGUUGAUGCCACCCGAGUUCCCAUGGAUGAGAGGUUCAGAACCCUGAAGAAGAAGCUCGAAGAGGGAAUGGUGUUCACAGAAUAUGAGCAGAUUCCAAAGAAAAAGGCAAAUGGCGUUUUCAGCACAGCAGCUCUGCCAGAAAAUGCUGAGCGCAGCCGUAUCCGGGAGGUCGUCCCCUACGAGGAGAACCGCGUAGAGCUCAUACCGACCAAAGAAAACAACACAGGCUACAUUAACGCCUCCCACAUCAAGGUGGUGGUUGGUGGGGCAGAAUGGCACUACAUCGCCACUCAGGGGCCUCUGCCACACACAUGCCAUGACUUCUGGCAGAUGGUGUGGGAGCAGGGAGCGAAUGUGAUCGCCAUGGUCACCGCAGAGGAGGAAGGCGGACGAACCAAGAGCCACCGAUAUUGGCCCAAACUGGGUUCCAAGCACAGCUCAGCCACCUAUGGCAAGUUCAAGGUCACCACAAAGUUCCGAACAGAUUCCGGUUGCUAUGCAACCACAGGCUUGAAGGUCAAGCACCUUUUGUCCGGGCAGGAAAGGACAGUGUGGCAUUUGCAAUAUACUGAUUGGCCAGAUCACGGCUGCCCAGAGGAUGUUCAAGGAUUUUUGUCCUACUUGGAGGAGAUCCAGUCGGUCCGUCGCCAUACCAACAGCAUGUUGGAAAGCACCAAGAACCAGCACCCCCCGAUAGUGGUCCACUGCAGUGCUGGGGUGGGAAGGACUGGCGUGGUCAUCCUUUCUGAGCUGAUGAUCUACUGCCUGGAGCAUAAUGAAAAGGUGGAAGUGCCCAUGAUGCUGAGGCUCCUCAGGGAGCAGAGGAUGUUUAUGAUCCAGACCAUCGCUCAGUACAAGUUUGUCUACCAGGUCCUCAUCCAGUUCCUCCAAAACUCCAGACUCAUUUAACCCCCGGCUUCAGCUCCUGGAAGAGGCGGCCAGCCCCACCGUACAGAUGGGGACGCACCUCCAGACAACAUCUGCUCCCCCGGCAGGGCGCGGAUGGCCGGAGCAGGCAGGUCACGGGCUCCCUGAAGACAGGAGCGCCAAGAUCGUUCACACACGUCAUGUAUUAUUUUAUAGGAGAUAAUUUAUUUUUUCCCCCUUUGGAAUAACUUUUGUGAAUCAUCGUAAUGCAGUUUUCACAAAUAAUAUAGUACUUUUCCUCUGAACCACAUUUUGACUGAUCUGCAUUGUAAUAGGUCAGUAGGGAGGGUUGCCUGGUGGAUUAUUUGGGGGACAGAGGCAUAAGGGAACACAUCUCUAGUGAAGUUGCAGCCAGAUUUGUAACCAGCCCUGACAUUUGUCAGCCUAAUUGCUCACGUCCACAUCAAAGAUGGCAAGAAAAUGAGUUCAUCCUAAAAUAUAAAAGAUAAGGGCUAAGGCCCUUUCCUGAAGGAGAAGAACAACACUCUUUUCUUAUAUUUGGGGGCUCCUGUGGCUUGAUGGGCAGUUCCUUCCCUUUCCCCUUUUUGCCCUCUCCCUCAGUAGUCUCUUUUUUCCUCCCAGGCUUGAGUUAAAGACAGGACCAGCUAGAGGAAACGCUCCCUUUCCAAUGCAGUGAUUGCCAUUGCCCGGGAAGAACGAGGACUCUGUGUUGUAUCUUUCUCAACCACUCCUUAUUCUGGGCUCUGGAGCCUGUUCCCCUGCUGGAGACUGCACCCUUGAUAUUUGCUGCUUCUCCCUGUUGGCUCAGUGGACCCUAGUCUGGUGGCCUCCGAGACCCUGGGCCAGGCCGUCUGUGCAGCUAGGCUUCUUGCCUGAUUGAGAGAAGAUAACAGACCAGUGUGGAAGAGACAGGAGACAUGCAGGCCCUUGAUACUGUUUCUUAUUUAAAUAUGAAGCGUGUGCUGACGGGGAUCUGAAGGUCAAGGUGCUGGGUGCCAUGGAAAGGUUAUAAAGGAAGCGGUUGGGAAAGCUGAUGUAGGGGGGCUCUUUGGCACUCAGGUGGCAGGGGCCCUGCCAGGAGCCACCCCAAGUGUUAUCCCCGCUGUGCUGCUAAGCAUCUCCAGCCUUUGGCCUGCAGGAGCAGAACUAAGCCCACCCAGGACCUUGCAGUCCAAAGCUUGGCCCACCUGCUGAAAGACGGUGAGAUUUGUGCUGCUUUCCUUUUCUCCAUACAGCCCACUCUGGUCAGUUGUGGUAUUAACCCUGCCCUCAGUUUGAAGCUCAGUCCUUAGUUCGUCUCCUUCUGGGCCUUCAUUGGCCACUGUCCUUCUGAAUUUUGUAGGUUAGUACAUAAUAAAUCAUGUUCUGCACAUUUUCCCUCCUGCUGACUUCUGGGGAAUUUUCCCCUCUACUGUCUAGUUUUUCUUGAUGCAACUUUUAAUUGUGGCUUUGUUCUUAAAAUUGACUUUUGCGGGUGUUCCAUGAUGCCUUCUUCCACUGCUCCCUUUU